UGCUUUCGAUUGUUGGCGGGCGCCGCCAUCUUGGUCAGUGAGCUUGCGAGUGGCUGUACGACGAGGUGUACGUAUUUCGGUGAAACGAGUAUUUCGUGCGAUUUCCCUGAAACCCUUCAUCUACCCGUGAAAUCCACGAGCAUCCAAGAUGUCGGAACGGGAGGACAACGUUUAUAAAGCGAAAUUGGCUGAGCAAGCGGAACGCUAUGACGAAAUGGUCGAGGCGAUGAAGAAGGUAGCUUCACUGGACGUGGAACUGACCGUCGAGGAGAGGAAUUUGUUGUCCGUCGCCUACAAAAACGUGAUCGGCGCGAGGAGAGCAUCCUGGAGAAUAAUAUCUAGCAUCGAGCAAAAGGAGGAGAACAAGGGUGCCGAAGGGAAGCUGGAGAUGAUUCGUCAGUACCGAUCCCAGGUUGAGAAAGAAUUGAAAGACAUCUGCGCCGACAUCCUUGGAGUUUUGGAUAAGCAUCUGAUACCUUGCGCGUCUACCGGCGAAUCUAAAGUUUUCUAUUAUAAAAUGAAAGGUGAUUAUCAUCGCUACUUGGCCGAAUUUGCAAUCGGAAACGACAGGAAGGAAGCAGCGGAGAACUCCCUUGUAGCUUACAAAGCAGCGAGCGACACCGCUAUGACAGACUUGCCACCGACUCAUCCUAUCCGCUUGGGAUUGGCGCUCAAUUUCUCUGUGUUCUAUUAUGAGAUUCUCAAUAGCCCCGACAGAGCGUGUCGUCUAGCGAAAGCUGCCUUUGACGACGCGAUCGCAGAACUAGACACCUUAUCCGAGGAGAGCUAUAAAGAUUCCACCCUCAUCAUGCAGCUUCUUAGGGACAAUCUUACUCUCUGGACGUCAGAUAUGCAAGGAGAUGAAUUUGAGGCUGAUCACGAGAACGAGGCUGCGGCCGUUCCUACCAACGCUUGAACCCAAGCACACCCCUUCCAAUACGCCCUUAUACCCAUAAAAUCACCUGGGGAGGGCGAACAGAAGGAACAGCUGCAAGACGUGGAAGAUCAGGACGUAUCGUAACUCUAACUGUAGUGAGUGUUAUCCUGCGCAUAUAAAACUGAGACACAAGAAAGCAAAAACUCUUAAUAACUUGUAAGCAAAAGAAAACAAUUCAAGCAGGUGGCAGUUCGGGGUGGGAAGGGGAGAUCUUUAGUGAUUGCGUGACCCUAAGCACGCACGUACGUACGGUUACUCCUAACAAACAAGCAAACAAAAUUACAAAAAUUAUCGUUCGAUAACACGCAUUGAGUUAUAUGGAGCGCGCAGAGAAAAGUAACGAGCAAAAGGGCACGCACCCUGCGGUAUAUAAUAAUAGAAAGAGACUGCAAAGAGCAUUUAGAGAGGCACUAUUCUUUGCCUUCCUUCGCGUAUUAUCGAGAAGAGAACAAAAAUGCUGUCUUUUAACACUGUGCAUGCCCGGUCAAAAUUCAGUGGACGAUGUCGAGAACGUUGAGUGGACGCCGACUGACAGCGUAUAUCAUUCUAUAUUAAUAAUAAUUAAUAAUUAUAACGAAAGAAAACAAAAAAAAAAAAAGGAAAAAAAAAGAGAGGUAUGCGCCAGUCCGUCGGGAUAAAGCCUCAUUUCUGUCGAUUUUAGUGAGUGAGAACGAAUAACCAUAAUAUGUCCCCCAUAACGUUUCACAAUAACGAAACAUGCUAAAUAGCUCGACGUCGAUCGAAGUGCAUUGUGUUCGUUUGUUUUUACCCGCCCCCUCACCCACAAUCUCUCCUCCUCGUCUCUUUACCGCUUUUUUACUGCGCGCAUGAUUGCUCUCGCAUACUACGAUAAAAUAACGAUUAUUAAUGUAUGCGUGUAAAUCGAGUGUAAAUCAUCUGUUUAUCUAAGGGAUAAACGCGUCUCCUCAGAGUGGAAGAACGUGGGUUGGUCACGGUGAACGUAAAAGAGUCGGGGACAAGCCACGCGCUUUUCAUCUCUGCUCUUUUUCUUUCUUUUCUUUUUGUAAUAAGAUAUUAUGAAUGUACUUCCCAACAAGUCUAGUUACACACAAGUAAUUUCAUACACCAUAAUUUCGAGCAUAAAUUUUUAUCGGUCGAUGAAGCAAGUUAAUUAUUCGCCAGAAACGUUUGGCGGGCUGUAUUCGUCGGACUACAGUAUCAUAAAUUGAUUCUUCUUGUGUAUAUUUAUAAUGCGAGUGAUUUUUUUUUUAAUCUUAAAAAAUCUUAGACUACGUUUUCAAUUGGCUCAGCGAAUUUUAACCGAAUAGAGUUAAGAGAAUACGCUACCACGAAAGCGUCGUACUUAAGAGAACAUGCAAUAACAUCGGUUUGUCCAAGUUUGGUCUUCUGAAUAAUAAUAAUAAUAAUAAUUAAAAGGAAAUUUAACAGAGUGAGAAAAGAAGUAUCGGUUUUCGGUGUAACAGAUGUUCUUUCACUCAACCUGUAAUCUUCUCAAUGGAGAGAAAGAUAUCUUUGAUGUAGAUGAGCUUUUUCCCAGUUUUUCUUUUAAAACAAACAAGUUACGUUUCAACGGAGAAACAGGAAACAAGUAGCUAUCCAGCUAGUCCGUAUUUAAUGGUUGUACUUUUUCAUAUCCCCCCAUUGUGUAUAAACUAUAACGAUCGCUGUGGUAUUACGAAUUACAGAAUAAACGAUUGUAUCCCGACGUUCUUUAUUUUAUUUUAUUUUUGUUUUCUGUUUUUCACUCGCGCUCACUUUCGCUAUCACUGUCCUCGAUUCCACUGUAUCUUAGCUGAUAUCUUUAGCCGUGCGUCCAUUCACCUUUUUAUCGAUCAACCGUACCGCCGAUUUCCGCUUAAAAAACGAAACACAUUCCAGUAAACUCUCUAUCAAUAAAUUCAUUUGCACGAGUUUAACGAGACGAGCUUAGCGGCUAGUGUCGGUCGGAAAUUUAUGUUCUCGACAAUUCUUCGUUUUCUACUAAGAAUUUAAGAUCCAAAAUAAAAGGAGCUAUUUGUAAAAUUAUGCGCUCAAGUAUUCCAAGAGAAGCGUGAUCGAGAAAAAUUUCAAUCGUACCAUAAGUUUCUGACCGCCACUGCGUACGUGUAACGAAUAUACCGUCUGAAACCAUGAGUUUCCUCACGAUCCAUGCUCGUAACGAUGAAUGAGGAUAAUCGUUCUGUAAGCGUGCAGCAAAAAAGCGAGGUGUUAUACCUGAAUGCGCAAGAAGAACGCGCUAAGCGAAAUCGAGCUCUGCCUAGAAAUUUUGGUGUACAUCGUGUGCCCCUCCCCUUGUAUUUAGGUAUUAAUAACGAUACAAAUUGAUAAUCAUGUUACGUAAAUAACGUUAUAAAGAAAAAUAACUCAAAGUAAUAUCAACGGCACCGUAAGUAAGUAUAUGCGAGUAAUUUUAAGAGCGUAAACCACGUAUCGAGGGAAGAAAAAAAAAAAAAAAAA